AUGGCGUCAACUGCUGCUGCGCCCAACGGCGGUACCCACGACCAUGUUCUGCGCCCGAGGCCGAGGAAACCACAGCAUUCGCAGCUGACGAGGACCAUGAGCAACACUUCCGUCGGCGAGGCAAAUGGCUUGACUCCUCUGUCUGAGACGGGCCAGACGAGCGGCACGACGAGCGGUCGCUCAACACCCGUACCCCACGAUGCCCUCCCCUCAGUCAAGUCCAUGUCCUCGGCGCGAAAGCAGGCUCGCGCUGAGCAGCGCCGUCGCAUCUUCCCUACGAUCGAAUUUGCCAGCCGUGUCUCCCACUUCGAUCCGAACUCUGACUACCGCGACUUUCAUGGCUUCUUCAACCUCUUCUGGAUAGGUCUUGCCAUUAUGGCCAUCACAACAAUGCUGCGCAACAUCAAAGACACGGGCUAUCCCAUGCGCGUGCAGAUCUGGACCCUCUUCACAAUCAAGGUCUGGCACCUGGCCAUCGCCGACUUCCUCAUGGUCGCCAGUACCUUGGUGUCUCUGCCCCUCCACCACAUCUGGCGCGCCGCCCCCGCCAACGGCGCUUUUACAUGGAAGAACGGUGGUAUGGCCGUCCAGAGCAUUUACCAGGUUGUCUGGCUUGCCUUCUGGAUCGCCGUACCGUUCGUGCUCGACUGGACAUGGACCGCGCAUGUGUUCUUGCUCCUGCACACCAUGGUUCUGCUUAUGAAGACGCACAGCUGGGCUUUCUACAACGGACACCUGAGCGAGACGGAGAAGCGCCUUCGCGACCUCGAUAACCCCUCGACGGCCUCCAAGGACCCCGUCUACCUGUAUCCUACCCCCGAUAACCCCAUGGGGACUGUGAGCAGCCCGAAGAACCGCGAUCAAAAAGCCGGCGCCUCCGACGACGACUCCACCUCGGACGAGAUUGAUCAGCUCCGCGAGGACCUCGCUCAGGAACUCACCUCGCCCAUGGGCAACAUCGCGUACCCCCGCAACCUAACAUGGUCCAACUACUUUGACUACCUUCUCUGCCCGACCCUAUGCUACGAGCUUGAGUACCCUCGCACAGCCCGUAUCGACUGGCAAAACCUCAUCUCCAAAGUCAUCGCCGUGUUUGGCUGCAUCUCCCUGCUGACCGUCAUCUCGGAGGAGUUCAUCCUGCCGAUUCUCACCGACGCCUCGCUCCGUCUCAACGCGACGCCUGCUCCCCCCGUUUCCGAGGCCCUCCUCAUCCUUGCCGAAAGCAUCUCCUGGCUCCUCUUCCCUUUUAUGCUCACUUUCCUCCUUGUCUUCCUCGUCAUCUUCGAGUACGCCCUGGGCGCCUUUGCGGAAAUCACCCACUUCGCUGAUCGCCACUUCUACUCGGACUGGUGGAACUCGACCGACUGGAUGGAGUUCUCACGCGAGUGGAACAUUCCCGUCUACAGCUUCCUUCGCCGUCACGUCUACAGCGCGAGUCGCCCGCACAUCGGCCGCUUCCCCGCGACCGUCAUCACCUUCCUCAUCUCCGCCAUCGGCCACGAGAUUGUCAUGGCCUGCAUCACGAAGAAGCUCCGCGGCUACGGUUUCGUUUGCCAGAUGCUGCAGCUGCCCAUCGUCGUGCUGCAGCGUACGAAGUGGGUCCGCGGGAAGAAGACGCUUAACAACGUCUGCUUCUGGUGUUCCAUGAUUAUGGGACUGAGUCUCAUUUGCGCGCUUUACGUCUUGGUCUAA